AGUAGUUUUCGUAUAUUCGCUGACGGUCAUGGGAGUGUACCUGCUCAUGCCGAACAUGUCGCGCUGUCAGGGAAUGCGCUCCCAAAUCGCUGGAAAUUGCAUAUGUUAUUUUAUGUGAUGUCUGGACGGAAUAAAAGGACGCCAAAAAAUCGGGAAAAACAAGUUCGGCUCAGCUGUGAAUAAUUGAAUGCGAUGAAGAUUUUGGUCUUGAUGGCGAAGUGCACAUAAACUAUGGACGGUUAUGAUGAUACUCUGUAUAACCUACGGUGUGUUUAAGGCGCUGGGGCGUGGCGGCAUGCGAUCUCCCUGAGAGUGAUUGUUCCACCUGGAGGUCACAGGAUGCCGGUGCAGGCAGCUCAAUGGACUGAGUUUCUAUCCUGCCCCAUCUGCUACAAUGAGUUUGACGCCUGCAGCCACAAGCCCAUCAGCCUGGGCUGCUCGCACACCGUCUGCAAGACCUGCCUGCACAAACUGCACCGCAAGGCCUGUCCUUUUGACCAGACGGCCAUUAGCACUGACAUUGAUGUGCUGCCUGUCAACUGUGCCCUCCUGCAGCUGGUGGGGGCUCCGGUUCCGGAGGGAGAGAUUGUGAGUGUGGGCAGUGCUGAAGACACGAGACAUUAUGAAGUGUGCAGGAUGUGUGUGGAGGAGCUGGCGCUGUAUCUCAAACCAAUCAGUGGAGGAAAAGGUGAGAGUGUGAAGAGAAUGAUACAGGUAGAUCAUCACUCCGAUGUCAAGAACAACGCCUGUGUAGUGACCCUCAGUCAGAGCUCGCUCAGUAGACCCAUGCAGAGGAAGCUGGUGACCCUAGUGAAUUGCCAGCUGGUUGAGGAGGAGGGGCGUAUGCGGGCGGUCAGGGCGUGUAGGUCUCUGGGUGAGCGCACUGUCACCGAACUGAUCCUGCAGCACCAGAACCCACAGCAGCUCUCCGCCAACCUAUGGGCCGCUGUGCGGGCACGCGGCUGUCAGUUCCUUGGACCUGCCAUGCAGGAAGAUGCUUUGAAGCUGGUGCUGCUGGCCCUGGAGGACGGCUCGGCUCUCUCGCGGAAAGUUCUGGUGCUGUUUGUGGUGCAGAAACUGGAAGCGCGGUUCCCUCAGGCAUCUAAGACCAGCAUUGGUCACGUAGUUCAGCUGCUGUACCGCGCCUCCUGCUUUAAGGUGACCAAACGUGAUGAAGACUCCUCGCUCAUGCAGCUCAAAGAGGAGUUUCGCUCUUACGAAGCCCUACGCCGUGAACACGACGCUCAGAUCGUUCACAUCGCCAUGGAAGCGGGACUGCGUAUCUCACCCGAGCAGUGGUCAUCUCUGCUGUACGGGGAUCUCAUGCAUAAAUCUCACAUGCAGUCAAUCAUAGACAAGCUUCAAUCCCCAGAAUCCUUUGCAAAGAGCGUGCAGGAGCUCACCAUAAUCCUGCAGAGAACAGGAGACCCAGCCAACCUCAACAGCCUCAGAGCUCCUCUCGAGCUGCUGGCCGGCAUCGACCACAACCCUGAUGCGGCCGCUCCAUCCUGGGCAGAGCUGGAGAGCGUGUUAUUGGCCGUGAAGGUUGUUGUCCACGGGCUGGUGGAAUUCAUCCAAAACUUCAGCAAGAAGAGCAAUGAAAGCCCUCAGGCUCAACCCAACAGCAAGUACAAGACAAGUAUGUGCAGGGAUUUACGGCAGCAGGGCGGCUGUCCGAGAGGGGCCAGUUGCACUUUUGCCCACACGCAGGAGGAGCUUGAGAAGCACAGAAUGAGGAAUAGGAAAGCUAGUGGGGUGGUGAGGCCCUUCCUGUCAGUUCCCGCAGUUAUGCCAAAAGCCGGCACCAAAGGAGUAGUCCCAGGGUCAGAGGUGGGCACCGGAGGGCUGAAGAACCAUGAGAAAGAGGACGCGUCUCCCACUCAGCUCAUCCCAAGAGGAGGAGACCACCAGGAGGACAAAAGUCUCCCCAAUGGUGCUAACGGACUGCCUGCUACCAGCCUAGAACAAAAUCCCAUCAGUCACUGUCAGUCUUCUGCGAUAGCUUCGGUACUGUCUAUAGAGGAAGGUCUCCUCAAACACGGACCUGUCCUCACGAGAGCUCAUCCUGAGAUAUACCACUCUCAGGACCAGAGAACAUAUGACCUGUCACCCUACCACCAACCUGCCAUUCCUCCUCACAGGUCAUGCAGUGCUCGCUUCCAUCGUUCCAGCAACGUGACUGAGUCCAUGUUACCCCCUUCAAUGGGCCCUCUGUACCCAGAUCAGCACCCCUCUAUUCCUCCUUCAGACAGAUUAGGCCCCGGCCCUUAUGGGCCACCCUCUACCUACACCUCUAUUUCCCACGCUCACGCACACGGCAUGUAUACCCCCGUCUAUGACAGCAGGCGUGUGUGGAGGCCACCGCUGUAUCCAAGGGAGGGCGGGAGGAGUAACUCUCUUCCUCCUGAGGUUUUUCAUUCCUCCGUCUACCAGCCGCCACUCCGGGAGCGCUACAACUCACUGGACAGCCCCUACUGCAGCACAGCAGAGCAGAGAGCAGCAAUGCAUAGGGACGCAUACUCCCGUGUUCCUCUUGGCUAUGAGGAACUCUAUCGCCACAAACAGGAACAGUGGGUACAUCACCACGGCAACAUGAACAGGCCCUCCCAGUCCUCUCCCGUCUUCACUGUGGAUGUGUGUCCAGAGCAUCCUGAGGGUGUAGGUGGUGGGCGUAUGACUUGUAAGUGUCAUGGUGGAGAAGAGAGUCUUGCCCACUACUCGCCCUGGUCGUGCAGCACCAUCAGCCCAUUUGAGUCAGAGCCCCACCAUUUGUCAACCCACUCCUGUUCCAAACAGCUACGCAUCAAAAUGAAUAUGAAACAGGACGGGGAGAGUGGUGGCAAACGGUGGCUGCACAUGUUUGAACCCUACAGGCGACUGAAAGACGAAGAUCCCAUCAUUCCUUUUGGAGAGGGGCCCAUCAUCUCUAAAUGGGGAGCCAUCUCCCGGGCUUCCCGCACUGGCUUUCACACCACUGACCCGGUCCAGGCCACCGCAUCGCAGGGGUGCGCCGGCACCACAUCAAUCAACUUCAGAGACUAUGGCUGUCAUAUUGGUCACAGUGACCUCAGAUGGGGUCCACGUGGUUCUGAUUCCUCUAGUCACUCCAGCUUUCUAGAGAGCGAUCAGCUGGCCGUGUCCGGGCUGCAUGUAAGAUGUAAUUCCUUCAGCAGCGGGUCAAAGCAGGGCACAGAUCUGCUGGGGAAGGAUGGGACGGAGAGUGAGCCUGACAGAGACAUCGAGCUGGAGCUGUCUGCGCUGGACAUGGAGGACACAGAGACACAGGACUGCAACUCUGAGGACUCAAUUGAAGCGCAAAGCCGCUCCCAGAACAGCCACCUCUCUACAGUCUUUGGUGAUCCAGCAUCCAGUUCUCAGUUGGAAAACAACCUGCCUGACAGAAUGGACACCCACCUUAUGAAGAAGAUGGCAUUCAGAAAGACCCUCUCUCCUGGAGGCCUCAAUAUGGGGAAGAUGCAGAUGAGGACGUGCUCGCCCAGGCCCGGAGACCCCCGGCGACCCAGUCCAGGACCUGAGAUGCUGCUAAAUGGGAACUGAGGCAGGCUGGACACACCAGCCCUCCUCAUGUUCUAAUUCCAUGGGGUCAUGCCAAGAAUCCACCAUCCUCCUUAGGUAGAAGGUAGAGUUGCCCUUAUAGGAGUCAAUCGAGGCAGCAAGACGCAGCCGAAAGCCUUCUGUAUUCAUGUGUUCUCUUCAUAAGAGCUAGCUAUGCCCUGUAAUUGUAAUCACUCAUCAUCUGUUCAGAGUCAGUUUGUUUUUCUUAAUCACUGCUUGUGGAUGAAUGUUCACUUUGAGUCACAACUCCACCUCAGGUAACUCUUGAUGUCAGCCAAUCAGAACCCUCUCCAAGCCAGGAAACCAAUUACCCAUGUCCCGUAACUCUGUACAGAAGUGACGGUUCUCACUAGCUUUUAGCUCACUGAGGAAACCAUAAUCUACUGUAUGAAAACUAUAUAGUGGACUCUUCCAAUAUAUAUCAAGAAUAACCAAGGUGCUUGGAAUCUAUAGUACUUGCAUUGUUAUUAAUAUUAUUGCGGUGUUAGCCACUGAAAUAUUAUGUGCAUGAAUUAUUUGUUGGGCAUCAUUGUUUGAAACAACCAUUCAUUGUUUAAAUAUAUGUAUGGAUUGUGGUAUAGGUCUGAUAUCUCUAAGAGACAUUUCAUAGGCAAUCAAUAAAUAUUUUGUACAAUUACUAAAAAGAAACAGUUGACCCAAAAAUGAUUUCAGGUGUUAUUCUGCAUUCAAAUACAGUGUCUCAACAGCUUUGACAAUGUUGAUUGGUCACAAAAACUCAAGAUUUGAGAACUAUGACAGGAAAAACAAUUUUGUAAAAAAAAGUUGUAGUCGAGACCAGCUCAUUUGGGUCAGAGUCCAGGCCAAGACCUGAGUAGGUUGAGUCUGUGUCGAAACAAAGACUAGAAGAGGCUGGAGUUUUAUUUAUAUAUUGAGACUAGAAGAGGGCCAUGUCCAUAUCAAGACAGAGACCAGAUCAGGAUAGAGUUUGAUUCAAGACAGAGUCCAGAAGAGAUCUGAGUCUGAGUCAAGACCCAGAACACAAAAGGGUCAAUCCUGAGCCAAGACAGAGACCAGAAGAGGGACGAGUCUGAGUCAAGACUUAGACCAGAAGAGGGUCGAGUUUGAGUCAAGACCAAGACUAGAAGAGACUAGAGUUUGAGUCAAGACAGAAACCACAAAAGGGUCAAGCCCGAGACAAGACCAAGACCAGAAGGGGGUUGAGUCUGAGUCAAGAUCAGAAGAAGGUCUGAGUCAAGACCGAGACCACAAAAGUGAUGAGUCAGAGUCAAGACCAAGACCAGAAGAGGGACAGAUCUGAGUCAAGACAGAGACCAGAAGGGGCUUGAGUCUGAGUCAAGAAAGAGACCACAAGAGGGCUGAGUCUGGGUCGAGACAGAGACCAGAAGAGGCUUGAGUCUGAGUCAAGACCAAAACCAGAAGAGGGUCAAAUCUGAGUCAAGACAGAGACCAGAAGAGGCUUGAGUCUGAGUCAAGACCGAAACCAGAAGAGAGUCAAGUCUGAGUCAAGACAGAGACCAGAAGAAGGUUGAGUUUGAGUCAAGACUAAGGCUAGAAGAGACUAGAGUUUGAGUCAAGACAGAAACUACAAAAGGGUCAAGCCCGAGACAAAACCAAGUCCAAAAGAGUAUUGAGUCUGAGUCUAAACCGAAACCAGAAGAGGGUCAAGUCCGAGUCAAGAGUGAUGAGUCAGAGUCAAGACUAAGACAAGAGAGAGACGAGAAGAAGGCUGAGUCUGAGUCAAGACAGAGACCGCAAAAGGUACAAGUCUGAGUCAAGACAGAGCCCAGGUGAGGCUUGAGUCUGAGUAAAGACCAAGAACAGAACAGGGUCAUGUUAGAGUCAAAACAGACACGAGAAGUGGGUUGACUCCAAGUCAAGACCGAGUCCAAAUGCUGAAAAUAUGUUCUUGGACCCGGAGAAUGUUGAAUUUUGAUCAUUUUUGGGUGAACUGUUCCAUUAAUAGCUACAAGCAACAAACAGCACAAUAGAAUUUUAGAGAUUUGGGAUUGUGUUUAGUGUGUAUGAAACGCUGAUUACAUUGACAGUUCUGGUUUGUUGUUUACAGUGGUCCAAAGGUCACCUCAUUUUUGUUGCUUCUGUGUCUGUUUUGUUGCUUCUGUAGUUUCAGUUUGAAGAAUACAGACGAUUAGACUGAGUUUAAGGUUUUUUCCCCCAAAAUUCCUGUUUUCCUUUAUUUUAUUACGAAACAUUGCUAACUUCCAUGAAGUUGUUGUUGGAAUAUUUUGUAUCUGUUUUUAAUUAUUUGGUCAGCAUUUUGAAAGUACAAUCAACCCUACAGUAUCUAUACACCAUCACAUGAUUUUCAGGAUUAUUUCCUGAUAAACAUGAAAAAUAAUAAUGAAAACUUCAAGAAUGCUGGUGUUUUAAUGUAGUUUUGUGCUUCUGAAAGGAGAUAAAAACUCUGUGUAACAGCACUUAGGAAAAUCUCUCCUAUUUAAAACAGCAUUUAUUUGAUUCAGUAUCUAAUUUAUGACGGGAUUGUUUUUGUUGAAUGUUUUUCUCCGGUCACUGACUUCUCCUUUUUAAAUGUAUUGCCUGGACCAGUUAAGUGUGUGUAAAUGUUUGUAUUUGUGUAUGAAUGUGCACAUGCCUUUGUUAAGCCUGAACAAAAUAUGAAUAUGAAUGCAUUAUCACUUAAGACUGUUAAUCACGGUUUUACUUAUGUGGUAUAUUAGUGUUUUUCCAUUGAAAUGAGUAAUGAGGAGUGAAAUCUUCCUGGUCAUUAAAUCUCAUUUUGCCUCCUGCAGUCGAAGUGUUUUUCGACAGGGGAUGUUACAGCUGCACCUUCAAGCGAAGAUAUUUUUUUGCAAAAUGCUGAAAUACACAGAAAUUUGUUUAUUUUCAGUGGAUGAGUCCUCCUAGUGUGCGCAAACGCAACAUCUUGUUGAUUUAGUGUAAAUGUUGAGAAUUUUGCCUUUAUUUUUGGUCCAUUUUUUAUGUUUGGCCUCAUCUGAUAUGAGUGUUUCAAAAAAAUGGCACUGGGUUGGUAAAGAUACGAGUUUCCGUUUUAAUUUUCUCACUAGCUGUCAAAAAUAUAACUUUUUCCUUUUUUAUCACCCGUUGCGACGCAGCAAAGCCUUAUUAGUACACGUUUGACUCAUUUAUCUGCCAGCUCAGCCCUGUAUCAUGCAUGCUGCCUUUGGCAAAGAGGUUCUUUGGCAAAGGAAGUAUGAUUGUGUAGUUGUGUCACACAACACCCCAGCGCUGUGAGUGUCCUGCACUGUAUCUUACAUUUUACUCACUUCCUAUAGCGCUUACUGUCUGCUCUUUAUUAUGGAUUUAUAUCAGGAUUAUGAUUAUUAUUGUUUUAUAUCCAUGUAGUUUUUUUUCCCUUGGAAAUGUCAGUUUUGUUUGCAUUUAAAUUUUAAAAAUUUGCUUAGCUGUAAUAAUGGGGCAGGACGUGUUUGGUUGUAAUGAUGCUUGUUUUUGUCCUGUGUGCAACUGCAAAAACGAACUGAUGUGUUGGAUAUUUUUACGUCUGUAUUAGACAUUUUCUUUGCAAAUCUAUUGUUCGAUUCAAUUGUAAAUGAAUAGAAGAUGGACAUCCGUCAUUUUAUACAACCAGAGCCAUCAUUAGAUGGACAUACUGCACAUUUUUAUGAUAUAUAAUCAGAUAUAUGAGGCUAUUUAUGGUCACAGAGAGAAAGAUUCUAAAAGUCAGGAAUAUCUUUUGAUGAAAUAAUAGUAGAGAUUAUUUAUAUUGCAUUUGUUUCUUUUUAAAUACCACUGGGCAAGGAUUUCCCUUUUGCUUGUGGCAAUGCAAGAAAGAAUAUAUAGAAAUGUAGCCAACGCACAGUCAAUUCUUACUGUUUUGGUUGUUUGUUUGUUAAUGCUUUUGUAUCUUGGCUAAGCUUUGCUCUGAUAUGUAGGGCAAGCUGGUGAGAUGAAUCUAAAGGUCAUGACAUGUAGUUGCAUGCCAAGAUAAUAAACACAGUUACAUCAUCA